GGCGAUCAACAGUCAAGUCCUUGUCCCCCGUCGGCACAAUCCAUCACAAUGGCCAAGGUCCGCGCAAACGUUUCGUCCUCGAGGCGCAAGUCUCGCAAGGCGCACUUCACCGCGCCUUCGAGCGUCCGCCGCAACAUCAUGAGCGCCCCUCUCAGCAAGGAGCUCCGUGAGAAGUACAACGUCCGGAGCAUCCCCAUCCGCAAGGAUGACGAGGUCCAGAUUGUCCGCGGCAUCAACAAGGACAAGGAGGGCAAGGUCACCUCGGUCUACCGUCUCAAAUACGUCAUCCACGUCGAGCGUGUCACCCGGGAGAAGGCCACCGGCCAGAGCGUGCCCGUCGGCAUCCAUCCCAGCAAUGUCGUUAUCACCAAGCUCAAGCUCGACAAGGACCGUGAGAAUAUCCUGGCCCGCAUCAAGGCCGGCCGUGAGCAGGCUGCCAAGUCCAAGGGCAAGAGCAAGGCUUAAAUAGCCUCAGCCCGCCUUGGAGGGAUGAUGAAAAUUUGACGACAAAAAGGAACAACUCGGUUCUGUUGCGACGAAGAGAAAUACCCGAACACUCGUCGUCGAGGGUUUAUCCGGUCGAGACUGGCGUCUAUGCGGAUUCUUGUUUCGGUUGCAUACGUUGGGCGCUGUUAACCACGACAGCAUGGGGGUGGACCCCAAAAGCUAGAUCAGAGUCGACGAAUCGAGACAUUGUUCUCAAUGGCCAUUUCACAAUGCUCGUCGCGUCGCGCGCACUGUGAAAUGCUCCAUGGGAGGUUUUUCCCGAAGCCCAUGCCUCUCAAAGAUCACAGAGGCCUUAGACCGUCGUUGACUUUGGUGACCAUGUGUAUUAAAAGUACUGACAUUCGCAGGCAUAUCGGUACCGCACGCCUUGUAAGCAUUUGGUCGUUAGCGAUGACCUGGCAGCGUGGCGGGGACUG